GAGGAACCUCUGAGCCAGAUGAACAUGGCGGCUCCGGCUCUGGACGCUCCUGCCGCUCCGUCCCGCUGACCCUCACAGCACCGACGAAGUCCCCGCUCAACGGCCGCCCAUGGCACCUCAACUCCCAGAUAGGACCGACUAUUCUUCCAAAGUGGACAUUUACCCAGGAUGCUUUGUGUACAAGGUGCUGAUAACUGCUAAGGAUGAGUAGCGUUGGGGGGGACAUUCCUGAGCCCCCCAAAGGGGAGUCUGUAAAGAGGAAAGACUGUCAGUCGGACCUCCUGGGACCUAGCCCAAAGAGAAGUACUGAGAAGCGCAACAGGGAGCAGGAGAACAAAUACAUCGAGGAGCUGGCAGAGCUGAUCUUUGCCAACAUCAAUGACAUAGACGACCUCAACGUGAAGCCAGACAAAUGUGCCAUCCUCAAAGAGACAGUGAAGCAGAUCAGGCAGAUCAAGGAGCAGGAAAAGGCUCCAGUGGCAAAUGCAGAGGAGGUGCAGAAGGCAGAUGUCUCCUCCACAGGGCAGGCCGUCAUUGAUAAAGACACUCUUGGGCCAAUGAUGCUGGAGGCCCUGGAUGGCUUCUUCUUUGUUGUGAACAUGGAGGGAAACAUAGUGUUUGUGUCGGAGAAUGUCAGCCAGUAUUUGCGCUACCAGCAGGAAGAGCUGAUGAAUACCAGUGUCUACAGUGUGCUGCAUGUUGGAGACCAUGCAGAGUUCAUCAAGAACCUAUUGCCUAAGAGUCUGGUCAAUCAUCGCAGCACAGAUUCCUCCAACAGGAACAGCCACACCUUCAAUUGCCGUAUGUUGGUCAACCCUCACGCCGACAGUGAAGCUCGCCAGGCAGCUGAUCAGCAGGACGCAGCACAACAGAAGUACGAGACCAUGCAGUGUUUUGCCGUCUCUGAACCAAAGUCUAUCAAGGAAGAGGGGGAAGAUUUCCAGUCCUGUCUCAUCUGUGUGGCAAGAAGAGUUCCUGUCAAGGAGAGGCUGGUGAUGCCGGCAUAUGAGAGCUUCACAACACGACAGGACCUUCAAGGCAAGAUCACUUCACUGGACACCAGUGUGCUGCGGGCGUCUAUGAAGCCGGGCUGGGAAGACAUGGUCCGGCGCUGCAUCCAGAGGUUUCACCUGCAGAGUGAUGGGGAGAUGUCUUUUGCCAAGAAACACCAUCAAGAAGUGUUGAAGAAUGGCCACGCCCUCAGCCCACUGUACCGAUUCUCCUUAGCAGAUGGCACCAUAGUCUCAUCUCACACAAAGAGCAAACUGGUCCGUUUUCCAGCCACCAAUGAACCGCAGCUUUAUAUGUCCCUGCACAUUCUGCAGAGGGAAAACAUUGGGGGCAUGGCUACCGACAUACCCAGCGGACAGGACUCGAGCAAGUCAAUGACCCCAACUAGUAUGAGUGGGUCCUUUCCCUCACCUGAAGCAAGUGUCACCAGCAACAGCCAUCACUUAACGGGAGCCUCAAGCACACCUGGCCGUGGUUUUGGGUCAGUUUCGGGAAGGGCCACCACGCCUCAGGGGAACUGCCAUGCUCUCAAGCUUGGUAGCCCUUCAGGCCAAGGAAGCCCAAGCAUCACCUCAGGGGUCCAGAGUGCCGUGUUGUCUCCACGUCAUCGCCAAAGUCCCAGCACUGCAGCCAGUAGCAGCAGUUGUAGUAGCCCUCAUCUCCUUCAACAUCAGCCUGGAUCUUUCUCUCCUGCACCUGGUUUGAACUCACCACCAUCUGUGUGCAGCACCACAGGAAAUAACCAAAGUUUUAACUCCCUUAGUGCACUGCAGGCUCUCACCCAGGGCACCAGAAUUUCCCCAGGGCUCACUGAGGGGCAGCAUCCAGAGUCACCUGACAGAAAACCAGCAUCUCUUCAGAGUCCCCUUCACAGCACCAAACCUGGUGGCCAAAUUAACAAGAGCAAUCUCAGCUUGGAGACAGAGCUAUUUGGAACCUUUGAAGAGCAGGGAGACUUUUUGUCAUCCCACAGCCAGGACGGUGCACAAGUGGAUGGGAAAGAUAUUGAUUCUGACACUCUGGGAGGUAAUGGAAAUCUUGGAGACUUUGUCGAUGCUGCAAACCGGCAUCUUACCACUAAAGGCCACACCAAGCUGCUGCAGCUUCUCACCACUAAGUUAGAACCCUCGGAUCCUUCCUCACCACCAGGGCCGAUGGGGGAUGACCAGAACUGUAAGGACCAGCUGUGUGGGGCUGGACAUAACAACCAAUCCACCUCAUUAAAGGAAAAACACAAAAUUCUGCAUAGGCUGUUGCAGAACAGCACCUCACCUGUGGAGCUGGCUAAGCUAACUGCUGAGGCUACUGGAAAAGAUCCUAUUGGUCCAGAGUCUGCCUCAGGAGAUAGCAUGGCUGCUCUCAGUGAACUCUGCACAAAACAGGAGCCAGAGAGCCCUAAAAAGAAGGACAAUGCAUUGCUUCGCUAUCUUCUGGAUAGGGAUGACAAUGGCAUCCUUGACAAAGCCAUCAAAAUGGAACCAGGCGAUGGACUUAAGCUAACCUGUGUUAAGACCGAGAAGCAAGAUGAAGGUUUUAAUUUGGCUGAACCGUCAUCUGAGCUGGAGGACCUGCUGGAGGACCUGCAAAACGGCACCCAGCAGCAGCUGUUCCCCAGUCAGCCUCCAUCCUCUUCAUCAGCCAUGCCAGCUGGCUCCUCUGUGGACAAACAGACCAUCAUCAGUGACAUCCUGCAGAUGAACGACACCAGCAGCAGCUCCCCCAGCCAGCACAGAGCCUUCCCUCCCAUUGGACAUGCAGCAAGCUUUAUUGGUGUCAGGCCAGGCCAGCCUGGACAAGGGGCUCCUCCAGCCAGGAGCAUGUCUAUGGACAGCACUAUGGGCUCCAGCCCCACCAGGCCUUUCCCACCCCAGCACAGGAACAAUGGUCCCUAUUCCUUGCAGCAGCAAGGCAUGAUGGGAACUCACACCAGCAUGAAUCAAGCAGCAGUAGCCAACACAGGCCUCCGAGGCUCCAUGCAACAAGCCUGGGGUCCCCAUGCUCCAACAGGGGGCAGUGCAGGUCCAAUGACUGCCCACGGAGUUGGUCGAAUGGUACCCAGCAUGAAUUCUGCACUCCCCACAAGAAGCAGCGGUCCAAAUGUUGCCAGAGCUUUGGUCAACAUGCAGAUGAUGGGCAAUGACUUGGAUAUGGCAGCUCCUCCAUACCAUCAGCAACAGGCUCCACCCAAUCAGACAGCUCCAUGGCCAGACCGAAUGAUGAUGAUUGAUCACUAUGGAAACCAAAGCAGGCUGCCCUACGGCGUUCCUCAUGAGGAAGGGAUUGGUUGUUGUGGCUCUGGGCCUGAAGGUCAGACAGAUGAGGGGGCUCUGCUGAACCAGCUGUGUUCAGUGCUGAAGGACUACGAGGGCCUGGAGGAAAUAGAUAAGAUGCUGGGAAUACCUACUCUGGCAGGACAGGGUCCUCUUUCAGACCAGGACCAGUACAUGGGUUCCUCAGAAACUCCUUCCAGCCUUAAACCUCCCCUCUACAGUCAACAGUAUGGGGGGCAGCAAGGUUAUGGUGGCAUACCUCCUGAUGGUGUGUACCCUGCCCCAUCCAUGGGCGGCCACAUGGGGCCUCAAAGGAUGGCACCAGCUGGCUACCCCCCCAUGAUGAGAAUGCCCAGUGCUCCAGGGCCCCGGCCCCCUGGCAUGAGACCCAGUGGUCCCAGUUCUAUGGUGCCGCCACAGCCCAACAACCUGAGGCUCCAGCUACAGCACAGACUCCAAGCCCAGCUGAACCGUCAGCCAGUGAUGAACCAGAUGGGUGGCGUCACAAAUAUGAAUCUACCUCUAAGAUCUACUGUACCAAACCAGGGAUGUGUAAAUGCCCAGAUGCUGGCCCAGCGUCAGCGUGAGUACCUCAGCAACCACUUACGUCAGCGCCAACAACAGCAGCAGCACCACGCACAUCAGCAGCGUGCUAUCAUGAUGCGGACUCAGGGCAUCAACCUGCCGCCAAACAUGCCCAGCGGGGGCGCUGCUCCCCCUCCGAUGCCUAUGGGUGGUGCCAAUCCCCGGGUGACUCAAGGCAACAUGCAGCGGUUUUCCUACCCAGCCUCCAGCUACGGUACAGGCCUGCCGUCUCCACCUCCUCAUCCUCAUCCCAGCUCCUCCAGCCCCUUUUCCUCCCCUCUCUCCCCAAGUCAUCUCCUGGCAAGCCAGGGCAUGAUGGGAAAUGUAGGCGGGCAAUACAGCACCGUAAUGAGCCCGCCAUCACAGCACAGUGCCUACCAGUUCAACACUUCAGGAAUGAGCCAGCAGCAGCAACACCAGGACCCAGUGUCAUGCUUUCCUUGUAGGGCUGGCACACCGCAGAGCCCCCUGCUGUCCCCCAGGAUGGGGCAGGGACAGAGCCCCAUGUUGCAGCAGAACCAGGGCCAAACACAAAGUCAACCCCAGGCCCCAAACCAGGGAGGUCCACCAAGCUACCAGACUAGCGCAGACUUAAAUGGAUGGUCUCAACCUGCAAACAUUUCCACCAGCAACAGUGUGUACCAGCACUCCCAGCCUCAGUACUCAACACAAUCCAGUGCUGGAAUGUACAACAGUAGUGGCAGCAUGAACCUGGGAGUCACCAUGGCCAGCAGCAACAGCAUGAAUUCGGUGUCAGGACAGAUGGGUUCCAUGAAUGAACAGGUGAGCAACAGCAGCCUAAUCCUGGAACAGUUUGGAGGGAUCGAUAUGUUGACCCAAGAGACCACUGUCAACUCGAAUUUUUGCUGACCAUGGUCUUGGUUGGGACAAGGUAUAACACACCGACCCAUGCUAAAAUAUCGACACCCACUGAGCUCACUGGAAGUAUGAAGACAGUGAAGGAAACACUUCUCCCUCCUGCAGCCAACCUAGAGGACUAAGGAUGGAAGAAAAAUGCAAAAACAUCUAAACUUCACUCAGACUGGCUUAGUUCCUGCUUCGUGAAUUGUAUGCAAACAUUUUUAGUUUGAAAUUACAGGAAAACUACCAUCUGAACCAUUCUGACAACAAACACAGUUGUGGGACAGUCAUGACAACAGAAUAUCAUUUCUGAUUUGGGGUUUUCAGGAACACAUUUUAGUCAUUUACUUUGGUUUAAUAUGUUCCAUUUAGCUUCAUUUUCCUUGCAGACAGAACCAUCUGCAUAUUUCAUUGUGAUUUACUGAGCUGUUUACACAACCAAACAGAUAUCACCUAACUUCACAUGAAGCGCAGAAUUCUUUCAAAUAAAUUUUACUGGCACUUAUUCAACUAAUAAACGAAAAAACACAAAGGCAGCUUGGGCAGAAUUAAUAUAAAAAUAAACUUUUUGUCUUCAGAAUGCAGUAUGAGAUUUCCUGCUAAAUAUUUUGGCUCAAUAAAUUGCUGCAGUAAAACCAGCACAUAAACUGUAUAUAAAAGAAGUUUGGAUAGUCAGUUUGAUGACACACAGAGGUUUAUGAACUGUGUACAAUCUGUAGUCCAGCUGCUGACAGUGAAGGUUUGCUGUAAGGAUGGGGUACAUUUUUCGAAACCCAGGUUUGAUCCUUUAAUGUCCCUGAGGUGAUGAUUUUAUGGUUGACUGCUAUGUGUGUGUUAGCGUGUAUGUGUGUGAAACUCAAACUGUCCCAAUUUCACACUGUAUGAAAUGAAUCUUUUGCUUUUUUUUUUUUUUUUUUUUUAACUCCUGGUUCUAUUUUAGAACCUGACUGAACGUGAAAAGGACUAUAUGAAAAUUUUACAGUUAUUUAUAGUUUUAAAGAUGUUUUAGAGAUUAUUUGUAUGGAAGAAAAUCAAUUAUAUCUUUAAGAAAAUCUUUUGAAAUGGUACUCGAUGUUAAUUUUAAAAGUAAUAUAUAUUUGAACUGCUGUAGUAGACAGGACAUGUCUCCCCUAUUUAAUGACUUUUCAAAUAAAGCUGAAUGUGUAUAAAUAGUGUAAAUAGAUCUUUAUCCCUCCUUUUCCUUAAGUGGUAUCAUAAAGCAGCAAUUUAGAAUUUAAUAAAUGAUCUUUAGAGUAGAAAUAUGUCAUGAGUUAAAUUAAGCACAGUGUCUCUCUUUAUUCAAACAGACUUCCUGUUGGAUGUAUUGUGGUGAAGUUUGAUACAAAAAAAACAAAAGCCUCAGCUGUACUGUAGUGCUCAACUGUAUGUGGGGAGUGCUACUUAUUAGCAUAAUCUCGCUAUUAGUAUGCUAAAUGUUAGCAUGUAGCUGUGAAAAAUGUCCAACUUGCGUUUUAUUCGCAUAUUAAAUAUUUUUCUGCCAUUGCAACUAAAAUACAUGUGCAACCAACAAAACUCCACCCUUUUCCAAAUGUUCUGCUUAAUCACUCAUUGAGGAACAGCUUUUUUGUUUUUGUUGCUCUUUUCUGACAGUCCCUGUAUAGUGUAUCUUCCAUGCGUUUCAGUGGAGUGGUAAGAGACACUGAUUUAGGCAAGUAAUGCUGCAUUAUUGUUUUUCUGUGAGUUUAACACUGUUGGCACACAUAAUUUGUAUUCUCUCACAUGGCGUGUAUACUGUGCAUGGACAUCACUACGGUGGUAUUCACUGCUACAAAUCUUGGGACAACUCAUUAAUAGCCUUACUUAUCUCAUGCAAUACUAUGCAAAUGCUCACUCUACGCAGCUGAAGAUACAUUACCCUACAGAUGCUAAAAACUGAAAAUGAAACUGAUCAGCAUGACAUUUCUAAUACAUUGGUUAAUAAAUAUCUGGAAACUUAGGUGCAUUCAUAGAGCAUUGUAAUUGUAUUACCUGAUGAUCCCUAAAUACAAAACACAGACAGUGAUAAAAGCAACAUACCCCUGUCAUUUUGUAGUUGACACUGUAAAUCCCACACCCUUGAUAUCAAUAUACACACACUAUUCAAACUAAAAGCAGCAUUCAUACUUGAGAAAGCAUUCAUACAAAGAAAUUACAUGAGUUGAUGUUCCACAAAGUCAUUUAGAGUUGCUAACAUUUAGACCUGUGUAAUAUGCAAUUUUUAAUAUGCCAACUUACAUGACACAAUAGGACACAGCUUUAAUAAUUGUUUUCUACUUAUCAUUUAUGCUCCUGCAGUGGGAAGAAAUCAUUACAAGAUUUCAAACUUUUAAUCUUAAAUUGAAAAUGACUCAGCUGAACUGCGGUGUUCGACUAUCGUUGGAGGGUAUGAAUGCAAUGUUAGUUAAUUGUUGGCAUGUAGCAGUAAAAUAUAUGUCAAAAUUUGUGUUCAAUUUAAUUGUACUUGCAAUUACACCAACCUUGCCCAAACAAAGUAACAUUUGCAAGCAACAAAACUCCACUCUAGUGUGACUUUUUACAAUGGUAGCCAAGUUUAGCAUAAGGAUGUUCAUACUUGUUUUUGUAGUUUUUCUAGAAUCUUUUUGUCUAUUUCAUUUAUAUGCUUGAUCACCAAAAGUAAAUCAUUAAAGAAUUUUUGUACUUCAACAAAAACGAACUUUUCUCUCAAAAACUGUUUGAUUAAGAGCCUUUACAAUUCAAACUGAUAUAAAGUGAGGAACAUUUUGGGAAUAUCUUAGCCACGUUAGAUUCAGUGCCAUUCAUCAGAAUCUGUUUCAUAAUGAUUAACUUUCGUGAAUGAAACUCAGUGUAAAUUCAACAUGUAUUUCUUGAAUCCCCUGUUUCUUCUUUAUGGACAUGUUUAACAUACUGUAACCCUGAGGAAAACUGGGAAGUGAAAACUGGAACACUGUAAAGAAAGUUGGAAUUUAGUCGUCUCCCUAUUACUAUUAUUAUUAUUAUUAUUAUUAUUAUUAUUAUUAUUAUGGUCAUUAUUACUUUGUUCACUGUACAAUAACAUGUAAAACAUCAAAGAUUAAAUGUAGGCCAUAGAAAUGUUCUGAAUGUCUGAAACACUCAGCGAGAUUAAGGUGAAGAUGAACACACUGUAAAUUGUCUCCAAAUGUCUUAUGUGAAGGUAAGCUGUUUGUUUUGAUUUAAACUGAGACAAGAAUGCAUACUGGAUAAUUUUGUAUAUUUUUAUCAGUUGCAAAUAACUGUAUUUCAUGUAUAUAUGUCUUAGCCUUUUGAUUUUCUGUCGGUGUUUAACUGUAAGGUUUUAAAGAGCAUGUUCGUCAAACUCUGCUGACUUGGUGAUGCUCCACUUUAUGCAGUUUAAACAGGAAUCUUUGGUUUCCUCACAAGAAAUGAGACUUUACAUGCUGUGAUAAACUUCUUAAGGUUUGUUAUGUUGGCAAAUCCAACUGUUUCUCAUCACAUUGUUUGUAUGUACUGAAAUACACCCUGAAUAAUACAUUGUUUGUUUUACGUUCCUCUUGGCUAUUUAGACUAAUUAAACUACAGUGGUCCAUAUAUUAUGGUAACAGUAUGGUAGUUUAGAGAUCCAAUGUAUUAUCUGGUGAUUCUAUUUAAAAGUAUGACAUGGUUUUGGUCCAUAGUAUUGUGAUUUUCUUAGCUUAUACCAACAAAUGUAAUAUAUUUUCCCAAACCAAACAUUUCAACUCUAAAGAAUGUUUUGAGUAUUGAGAAGAGGGUUUAUAUGCGGAACCUUCUUUUUCUGAAUCUGUUUUUUAACAGUAAAUUGCAGUCAAUAAAAAACCCAGAUUGGAAAAGACGCCCAAAGGACAGGCACAGAAGCUGAGCACUGAAACAUUUUUUAACCUGCUAAAAAUAUCUCCAUCUGUCUAAGUACUUGCUAUGUUUAGAAGAGUUUAACCACUUUAUCUCGCUGCUACACACCCCUUACCGAUAUCAGCGGGCUCUUCCUCCAAAAGCCAAUAAACUACAAACAUUUUACCUAUAGAACUCAGGAGCCUCUGCCAAUUAGUUUUUGUAUUGUUUUGGAAAUGUAUUGUUUUUACAUACGGGUUUGGGUUUAUUGAUGUAAAUACAAUUUAUAGUCUCUUCAAGGAAAUCAAACCAUCCCAUUUAAUAGAAUUCAAAUAAAAGCAACUUUUAAAAUUAAGAUUUAGAUUUCAUAUAUAAUUUGUGAAAUAUAUUUUCAAUGAUCUGAUGUUUUUUGGGCAUGGCGGUCGCACAGGCGUAAAUAUGCAUGAGGCCUUGGUCCUCAACGCAGGCUGUCAUGGGUUUGAGUGUACGGUCAAGAAAAUAAUAGCCAAUGGUGCUCUAAAAAAAUAUUCAAAAAACUGAUGUUUUUUUGUCCUUUGUUUACAUGUUUUAAAUAUUUACAUUCAACGUUAAAUCUAAAGAGUAAAUUUAAUUUCACAUAAAAGUAAGAAAUUACACAAUGUACUUCCCCUGUUGCUUAUGUUUUUAACUACAGAUUUGUGUUAAUUCAAAAUUUUCAGUCCUUUCAAAUAGUCUCAGGAUCAUUAGAGUGUGACUGUUUUCUAGUAUUAUUUUAAUGUUAACUGCAAUAGACACAACAAAGUUGACCGAGGCCAAUGUAAAAUAUUUAAUGCUAUAAAUAACAAGUCAACCAGAGAGUGUCGGGGGUCAAAUUUGGUAUUUUUAAAUCUCUGCUGUGCAGGUAAUAUUUAACACCAUAGCAUCUACACAGUCCAGUUUAAACAGUUUAUUUAGUGAGGUUUUACCCAACUGUUGUUCAUCCACUUUAUGCAAAUUGUCGACUCUGAUGUUGCUUCUGCCAAUGCUGCUUGUUGAUUUCUGAUUGAUGCCACUGUAAAUAAACUAUUUUUAUUGA